UCAGGGUUGGCAUCAUCUGAGGUCCUCUGAGGGGUUGGCAUCAUCUCUUCUCAGGUGUUCUGGAUCCAGACCGAAGCUUGUGUAAAUCCUAGUUACCUGUGUUUCAACCAAGCAAAACUGAUUUGUUUAACCCAAGCUAAAGAAUAAUAAUUUGCACUUGAUCAGACAUAACUGCUUGUAUAUGGUUUAUAUGUAAAUCAUGUCAAAUAAGCUGUCAAAGACAGUCCUUAGGCACAGAAUUCACACUCUGAUGGCUAGGAACUAAACUCCACACUCUAAAGACAUUAGAUCUCUAGGACUUCAUAUUCAAGGAACAUUUACGGUCCUAAAUAUAUCCAAGCACAUGUAAUACUAAAAUAAAUCAAGCCAUUGCUGUGAAUACACAAAAAUUUUCUGCAUUUGCAUUUUAUGAUCACCUCAAGACAUAUCAAACAUUCAAGGCACAAAUGUAAAUCACAUGGAAACCACAUAACAAAUUAUUAAUAUUGCGCCUUUAGAAUAUCUGCUAUAUAAGUUUGGUUUUUGCUGCAUGUGAAGUAUCAGUGCUCAUCAGUGCUUGAGUUGAACAUCUCGGUAGUUGACUGGUUGAAGAGGUACAGUAAGACUUACAAUCAUCUUUCACUCACUCUCUAAAUGUGAUUGGUAUUUGGUUGAUGUGUUUAUUUCAAAGGAACUUGACCGAAGAUGGAUUUAAAGAAUAAAGUGGUUGUGGUGACUGGAGGUGCUCAGGGUUUGGGCAGAGCCUUUGUCGAAGUACUCCUAAAACAGGGGUCAAAUGUGGCCUUCAUUGAUGUGAAUGAACCUUUGGGAAAAGAGUUAAAGGCUACGCUUGCCGAAGAAUAUGGACCUGACAGGGUUGAAUUUUACGCUGCGGAUGUAUCAUCUAAGGAGGAAUUUAUAGGAGCUUUUAAGAAAAUUGUGGACAGGUUUGGCCACAUCGACAUUAUGUACAACAAUGCAGCGGUUGUCAAUGAAAAUGACUGGGAGAAAACCAUUGCCAUUAAUAUGACUGGGCUGGUGAGGGGCACAUAUCUGGCCCUGCAGUACAUGAAGGACAAUCCUGAUGGCAAAGGCGCAAUUAUCAACAUAUCAUCUACUGCAGGUCUGUGUUAUGUUCCAACAGCGCCCAUCUACACAGCGACUAAAUAUGCAGUGGUGGGCUUCAGUCGUGCUAUUGCGGCUGUUGCUAUGAAGUCCAACCUUGGGUUGAGGAUCAACACUCUCUGUCCAGGUGUGAUGAAGACUAACCUGCUGUCCUCUUCUAAUAUAGAGGACCAUUUUGGACAGUUUUCACAGCUAGAGGAACUAAAGGAGAUGGUUCUGGAGAGAAAUGACUUUGUGAAGCCUGAGGAUGUUGCCAUGGCCUCCCUUCCACUUGUGAUAGAUGAAAGCAAGAAUGGAAAAAUUCUGAAGAUCGAUGCUGAUGGUAUGGAGUUCAUAUCCCUUCCUGAAAUACAGCCAUGUGAAAGUAGCCAAUCAGCUUUUUUCCCUGCCACAGCCAUAACUUUGUUACCUAAUUUCAGAUUAGAAUUGAAAUGUUAAAGGCUUUGCUUCUAUAAUUUUGCCUGGUUGAAAAUGUACUAAUCUUCCUCAGUUCUAGUUGGCAGUAGACAAUAAGUAAACUUGAUGCAGGCCUAAUAUAAGGUCUUGACUAAAUAAACAAUCACGUGAAAGGUCUCUUUAUAUUAUUCUUUGGCUUUACAUGUGAGUGUUACAAUGAAUACUGAACACACUAUAUUUUUCAAAUGUUUAAUACACCACCAGUCAAAGGUUUGGAAUGAUUAAUAUGUUUUAAUAUUUUGAAA